AUGUCUACCACGUCGGUUGAUUUACUACGACGUAAAAAGUUUACUCGCACCACGUCGUCACCCAAACAACCGACAGAUGAACAAAUUGAGCUGGUGCGCUCUAGUUGGGAGCGUGUCUCAGAGCUCCGCCAAGAAAGCGAUAGCGCUGCUAUAUCACCAGCACACGCAUUUGGGCUUGCCUUUUACGAUGCCCUCUUUGCUCUUGAACCAGAGACACGGCUAUUAUUUAACAACAUCUUUCCACAAGCAAGAGCAUUGACUGGAAUGAUAUCAUGCCUUACUCGUGCUCCUGCAGCUGUGACAGCAGCAACCACAGUGCAACAGCUUCAGCAGCUUGGCUCUCGACACGCCCAAUACAAUGUACAUCCUGAUCAUCUUGCACUCGUUGGCCCUGCCUUUGUUUCAGCUCUCAAACAACGCCUUGGAACAGAAUAUACACAUGAUAUUGGUGAUGCAUGGUUAAGCGCCCACGCUUUCGCUGCACACCACAUGCGUAUAGGGCUCGUUACCCAGCUGGCCUGGGAUGGCCGUAGUCAUCAUUCAACUAGCGCUACAUGUACCAUACAAUAA